AGCUCCCCCUACUGACUGCAGCGAUGUUCGGAACAAAUUAGCAAAGUAGAGGGGAAACAGCAAGAGGAAACACAGUAAAGACGAGAGCCACAGAACUUCCAUUACCAGGAGCGUCUGCUUCAAAUGGACGUAUGAAUGUAUACUGCUGUGGACUACAGACCUGAGGGAUCUUUGCCUUUUUAUCGGAGUUGCUCCAACGCUGCCCUGCGAGAGAGGAACUGCAUCAACUUCAUGAGGAACUACCUGCUCCUCAUAGGUCAUCAUGAGACGCCCCCUGAAGCUCACAUAAAGAUCCUGGAGAAGUUUCCUGACAGCUUCCCUCGCAAUCAAGGCAACGUCAUCCCACCAACCACCGAUAAGAAAGUCGAGGAGAAGGUGAAUGAUAGCGGUAUGGAUGAUGGCCCCCCUUCUCCUCUACCUGAAACAUCUAUCGAGGAACCUGGGACCGGUGGUCGACCUUUGCGCCCGGUGGCCCCGGUGGACUCUAUGCUCAAAGACAUGGCCACCAUCAUCUUCUCCACUUUCCUGCUGGCUGGCUGGGUGGCCUUUGUGAUAACCUACCCCAAAAGUGUUCACAAGCAGCAGCAGCUGCAGCACCAGGAGUUCCAGAGACAGAUGGAGGAGAAGCUGGAGCUGCUGCAGAGACAGCAGCCGUUCCCCCCUUCAGACCUCGGCCUCGGCUUGGCCCCUGACAGUGACUACCUGGAGGUGGCCCGUACUCGCUCAGAGUGCUCUGAUCACAGCAGCCCCAAUGUCACCCCUCGCGCCUCCAACCACUCCAACCUGUCGGUGUCUGAGCUGGGAAGCUCUGCAAAUGAGCACGAAGAUGGAGAGGAGGACUCCGGUAUAGUCAGAGUGGGCAACAUCACGUUCCGUCCCAAAGAGGUCUUGGGUCAUGGAGCUGAGGGCACCAUCGUGUACAAGGGGCAGUUUGACAACCGUCCAGUGGCCGUGAAGAGGAUCCUCCCAGAGUGCUUCAGCUUUGCAGACCGGGAAGUUCAGCUGCUGAGGGAGUCAGACGAGCACCCGAACGUCAUCCGCUACUUCUGCACGGAGAGGGACCGGCAGUUCCAGUACAUCGCCAUUGAGCUGUGUGCGGCCUCGCUUCAGGAGUAUGUGGAGAGGAAGGAUUUUGACCGUCAUGGACUAGAGCCAGUUAUGCUUCUUCAGCAGACCAUGUCAGGACUGGCCCACCUGCAUUCUCUCAACAUUGUCCACAGAGACCUGAAACCUCACAACAUCCUGGUGUCCAUGCCCAACGCCCACGGUCGGGUCCGGGCCAUGAUCUCAGACUUCGGCCUGUGUAAGAAGCUGGCGGUGGGUCGUCACAGUUUCAGCAGACGGUCCGGCGUGCCGGGCACAGAAGGCUGGAUCGCCCCUGAAGUUCUCAGUGAGGACUGCAAAGACAACCCGACGUGCGCCGUCGACAUCUUCUCUGCUGGUUGUGUGUUCUACUACGUGGUGUCUCAGGGAAGCCACCCGUACGGCAAGUCUUUACAGAGACAAGCAAACAUCUUACUGGGCUCACACAGCCUGGACCAUCUGCAGACUGACAAACACGGGGACAUUGUAGCCAGAGAUCUCAUAGAGCAGAUGUUGAGCAUGGAGCCACAGAGGAGACCUGCAGCUGAGAGUGUUCUCAAACACCCUUUCUUCUGGAGCCUGGAGAAGGAGCUGCAGUUCUUUCAGGAUGUGAGUGACAGAAUAGAAAAGGAGCCGCUGGACGGACCAAUCGUGAGACAGCUGGAGAGAGGAGGGAGGGCUGUUGUGAAGAGUGACUGGAGGGAGCAUAUCACAGUGCCACUGCAGACAGAUCUGCGGAAGUUCCGUUCCUAUAAAGGUGGAUCGGUCAGAGACCUGAUGCGUGCAAUGAGAAACAAGAAACACCAUUACAGAGAGUUGCCUGCAGAGGUACAAGAGACUCUGGGCUCCAUCCCUGAUGACUUUGUCUCUUACUUCACCUCCCGAUUCCCCCACCUGCUCAUGCACACCUACCUGGCCAUGCGGACAUGUGCAUCAGAGAGGCCGUUCCUGCCUUACUACUCCACUGCUGAGCAGAAUGGAAAAACACAAGCCGAAUACACACACCUCAGACCACAGAGACAAAAUGAGCCGUGCACUCAACACCUGCCAACAGACACAUCAUCAAACGCCUCACAACCACAGGAACCUGCACAUUCUCUACAGCCGGUGCAGGUCGAUCACACGGUAACAAAUGGACCAUCGCCCUCUUCAUUACCAGAUGAGCCGGUAUCUUCAGAUUUAGCGGUUCAGACAGUGCAGCCAGCAGAGUUAACACUUUCCACACACGUGGACUCACACAGUCAAACGGUGAAUCUCACAUCUGCCUCAGAAUCAGCUACAGAUCCUCUCAGGCAGUCUGAGUUGCACACACUGCCAGAUCCUUCCUCACUGGACACACAACCAGUGUGAACUGGACCAGAGUCAGGUGGACCCAGCACAGACGGGAGCAUUGCCAGUAAGGGUGGACAUCAAAUGGGGCCAAGCUGCUGCACUUUAAGCUGGUGAGGACCGGGCCUGCAGUGCCUGGGAUCCACUGCCGGGUGGGAGCAGCUGCACCCUCUUUUAAGUGCCUUCUGCUCACCUGGGCGAUAAAUGUUCCCACGACACAACCGUCCACAAGUUCUGCCUCUGCCUCGGGGAAGUCUGAAAAACCAACAGAGUGUUGUUGGAUAUCAUAUUGUAGCAGGACGGAGAAAAGAGAAUCUUUUGUAUUUUAUAACAGCAUGUCCAAAAAAGUGUUUGUCCCUAAAAUAUUUGGCCUCUAAUGUGGGAAACAUGUCUGGAUGUUGUUGGGUAGUUUUAUUGUGCAAUGUUGUAUUUCUCAGUGAGCCUGUUCACUGUGCAGAUGCUGUAUGUAUAUUUUUGUACAGACUGAGUCACAAUUUGGAUCUGCGAUGUUAAAUCCAUUAAUACGGCCGAUGUGCCUUCUUUUUUUUUCUUUUUUAAACAUCACUGUGCUGCAUGGGUACAGAUCUUUAAGAAUGACUAUGCUAAAUGUGCUUGAUUCCAGUUAAUGCUGCUAGAUUGCUUCGCUUGUGUCAAUCAGGAUUAUUGUGCUGACUCGGUAAGAGCGGACGGUUCCAAAGGGCGUUCACUGUGACACCUGAAUACAGAAGUUUUCUUAUGAUCAUGUGAUUAUGUGGUCUGAUUACAAACUUGCAGGUCGGCUGCAGAACGUUCAUGUACAAAGACUUUUUUAAGAGCGUUUACAUGAAGUUAAUAACUUGCACAUUAAAAUCUUUUUUUUUUUUAUUCCUACA